CUGUCAAUUUUGACAACCAUCUGCCAUUUGUAAUCCAGUGACGAAAUCAAGGUGGACCGCAUUCACAAUUUCCGUACACAAAUAACGGAUUAUUUGCUGCGUUUCAUCGGUGAUAACUCCGAGUGUUAGGGAUAUCAUCAUCAUAAGCCAGCACUAUGCCAGCACUGGACGAUAUCAAAUCUUCUUGGGCCGAUGAAGUUGAGUCUGACACGGCGUCGCUCCCACUACCAUCGGAAGUGAUCGAAAAUGGACAAAAGAUCGUAACCGAGUACAAGUACAACAAGGACGAUAAGAAGGUAAAGGUGGUGCGCACGUAUAAAAUCAGCCGGAUUGUGGUACCGAAGUGUGUGGCCAGACGGAAGAAUUUGGCAAAGUUUGGCGAUUCGGCCGGUGAUCGUCCAGGACCGAAUCCACAAACAACCAUGGUCUCGGAAGAUGUUUUUAUGCAGUUCAUCACCAACAAGGAGGAGGAACAAAAGAAUGAAAACGCUUUGGAUUCAAUGAAGAACAUCGUCAAGUGUCGUACUUGCGAAGGCGAGCAUUGGUCAUUCCACUGUCCGUACAAGAACAGUUCAUUCGAUAAGCCUACGAAGCCGGCAGCAGCUCCGGUACCGGAAACAACAACAUCCAGCAAACCGGGAAAAUAUGUUCCGCCACACAUGAAGGAAACUCAAGGCAAGGCUGGUAUUGGUGGUGCGAUGCGCGGACGUGACGAUACUAGUGCAAUUCGCAUUUCGAACCUUUCCGAAGCUAUGACGGAAGCUGAUUUGGAGGAACUGGUAAAGAAGUUCGGCCCUCACACCAAGAUGUUCCUAUCGCGGGACAAAAGUACCGGACUGUGCAAAGGUUUCGCCUACGUUCAUUUCCGUUCCCGCCGUGAUGCAGCUACUGCAAUUGAAAUUCUCAAUGGUUAUGGUUACGAUCAUCUGAUUCUAAGCGUAGAAUGGUCCAAACCACAAAACCCACAGUAAGGAAGGAUCAGGAACAGUGCGGAGAGAGUAUUACGGUGUGAUUGUGCUCCGUCUUUCGGUCCUUUCAAGGUGAUGAUUCAGCCGAAGAAAGAUCUGUGGCAUGCCGAGGAUAGAAAACGGAGAAAAACAACUAAAUAUAAAAAAGGAUGAGAAAGGAGA